AUGAGCGCGGCUUUCCAGCCCUCGCUGAUGAUGAUGCAGCGCCCGCUGGGAAGCAGCACGGCCUUCAGCAUCGACUCGCUGAUCGGCAGCCCCCCGCCGCCCGCCCCCGGCCACUUCGUCUACACCGGCUACCCCAUGUUCAUGCCCUACCGGCCCGUGGUGCUGCCGCCGCCCCCCCCGCCGCCCCCGGCCGCGCUGCAGCCCGCGCUGCCCCCCGCGCAUCCCCAUCACCACCAGCUCCCCAGCUUGCCCACCGGUUUCUGCUCCAGCCUGGCCCAGGGCAUGGCCCUCACCUCCACCCUCAUGGCCACGCUGCCCGGCACCUUCCCCGCUUCUCCGCAGCACCAAGAAGCCGCCAGGAAGUUCGCUCCUCCCGGGAACUUCGAGAAAACCGAGGGGAUACCUCCGGACGGCGGCGGCGACGACGGGAAAGCCUUCCUGGGGAAGGACGGAGCCCUCCUGCCCUUCCCCGCCGCCGAUGCCGUCCAGGCCUCCCUCGCCGGGGCUCUGCGGGGCCAGGGGAAGGAGGACCCCAAAGCGGAGGAGGAGGCAAAAAGCAAGGAGGAAAGUUUCUCCAUGGACAGCGACCUCGACUACAGCUCGGACGACAACAUCCCCGGGCAGGCGGGUCACAAGGAAGAGGACUCUAGCAACGCCUUGGAGGAAAACCCCCAAAACCCCCCCAGUUCCACCAACACCACAUCCACGGGGAAAAACCGGCGGAGGCGAACAGCCUUCACCAGCGAGCAGCUGCUGGAGCUGGAGAAGGAAUUCCACUGCAAAAAAUACCUCUCCCUGACCGAGAGGUCCCAGAUCGCCCACGCCCUCAAACUCAGCGAGGUGCAGGUGAAAAUCUGGUUCCAGAACAGGAGGGCGAAAUGGAAACGGGUCAAGGCGGGCAACGCCAACUCCAAGACGGGGGAACCCUCCCGGAACCCCAAGAUCGUGGUGCCCAUCCCGGUGCACGUCAGCAGGUUUGCCAUCAGGAGUCAGCACCAGCAGCUGGAGCAAGCCCGACCCUGAGCUCCUCUCCUUCGGCACAAGUUGUGGAGGGGAAAACUUGCCAAAAAAAAUGGGCUUUAAAAAGCAACCCACCCGAGAAAAAAAAAAAUAAUAAUAAAAAAUGAACAAAACAUCAAAAUGUGAACGCUUCGGAGGGGAAAACUUGCCGAUAAAUAAAUAAAUAGGGGGGUUUAAAACCAACCCACCCGAGACAGAGAAAAACAAAUUAAAAAAUUAAGCAUAAAAAACCCCAACCCUGAACAAACCACAGCCAAGGGGGGAAAAAAAAUAUCGUAAUAACAGACCCGGCAAAUCCCCGAACUUGAAAGCGAAACUUUCCACUCACCGGGUGAAGCCAGAGGCUCGGGAAAAAAUGGAUUUUGGUUCGGAGCAGGAAUAACCAACCCUGGAAGAGACACGCAGAUAUUUAUUACGCCGCCGCCCCCCCUUUGCAGCCCCUCUUUGUACAUCUCGGUGCUGCGCUGGGGACCGAUGGGUUUGUUUCUUAUCGGGGGCGAAAGGUAAAAACA